GGACGCGCCGAGCGCGGGGCAGCCACUGCGAGUCCCACGAGGGGGUUUCCGCGCCUGGGACGGGCGGGGCCGGAAGAGGAAGUCGGCGCUGCCGUGGCGGCCGCGAGCAGCACAGCAGCUGUCACCUCGGAGUCCGCUCGGUCGCGUCCUGCUCCACCGCCGAGGCAGCGCCGCUGAGGGACUCGGAGCCGCGCCGCAGCGCCGGCGUCCAGCGGUCGGACCGAUGGAGCAGCAGCGGUGGACGGCCCCGGCAGCGGCCGCCCUGCUCCGGGCCCUCCUGCUCCUCCCGCUGACAGCUGCUCAGGAAGCGAUCCUACACGCCUCUGGCAAUGGCACUAAGGACUACUGCAUGCUCUACAACCCACACUGGACCGAGCUCCCAAGCACCCUGGACAAUGCCCAUUCCAUUGCUUUGAUGAAUCUGACUGCUACAUCACUAUGCAACCUUUCUGAUAUUCCUCCUUAUGGCAUAAAGAACAAGGCAGUCGUGGUACCCUGGGGACACUGCCAUUUUCUUGAAAAAGCCAAAAUUGCACAGAAAGGAGGUGCUGAAGCAUUGUUGGUUGCCAAUAACAGCGUCCUAUUUCCUCCCUCAGGGAACAGAUCUGAAUUUCCAGAUGUGAAACUACUGGUUGCAUUUAUAAGCUACAAAGAUUUUAAAGAUAUGAAUCAGACACUUGGAAGUAAUGUUACUAUACAAAUGUAUUCUCCAGUGUGGCCUAAUUUUGAUUAUACCAUGGUGGUGAUUUUUGUAAUUGCUGUAUUCACUGUGGCAUUAGGAGGAUAUUGGAGUGGACUAAUUGAAAUGGAAAACUUGAAAGUAGUCACAAACAUUGAAGAUAGAGAAACGAAGAACAAGAAGGAAGAGUAUUUAACUUUCACUCCUCUGACAGUUAUAGUAUUUGUGGUUAUCUGCUGUGUAAUGAUUGUCUUGCUUUAUUUCUUCUACAAAUAUUUGGUUUAUGUUAUGAUAGCAAUUUUCUGCAUAGCAUCAGCGAUGAGUCUAUAUAACUGCCUUGCUGCGCUGAUUUGUAAGAUCCCAUAUGGACAAUGCAGGAUUGUGUGUCGUGGCAGAAGCACUGAAGUGAGACUUAUUUUUCUUGCUGCCCUGUGCAUAGCAGUAGUUGUGGUUUGGGCUGUGUUUCGAAAUGAAGAUAGGUGGGCUUGGAUUUUACAAGAUAUCUUGGGCAUUGCUUUCUGUCUGAAUUUAAUUAAAACACUGAAGUUACCUAACUUCAAGUCAUGUGUGAUACUUCUCGGCCUUCUCCUCCUCUAUGAUGUAUUUUUUGUUUUCAUAACACCAUUCAUCACAAAGAAUGGUGAGAGUAUCAUGAUUGAAGUCGCCGCUGGCCCAUUUGGAAAUAAUGAGAAGUUACCAGUAGUCAUCAGGGUACCAAAGCUAAUCUCUUUCUCAGUAAUGAGUGUGUGCCUCAUGCCCGUUUCAGUGUUGGGUUUUGGAGAUAUUAUUGUACCAGGCCUACUGAUUGCCUACUGCAGAAGAUUUGAUAUUCACACUGGUUCAUCUUCAAUAUACUAUAUUUCUUCCACAAUUGCCUACGCAGUAGGCAUGGUACUCACAUUUGUUGUUCUGGUGCUGAUGAAGAAGGGACAACCUGCCCUCCUCUAUUUAGUACCUUGCACACUUAUCACCGCCUCCAUUGUUGCCUGGAGACGUAAGGAAAUGAAAAAGUUCUGGAAAGGUACCAACUAUCAGACGAUGAACCAUCUGGACUAUUCAACAAAUGAAGAAAAUCCUGUGCUUACUGAUGAACAGGUUGUUCCACAAUAAUAUUAUGUGGACCUACAAUAAUAAUGUGUCAUUGAUUUUCUACAAAUAAGAGUUUGACUUUUUAAAGUGACUUUUGAAUUAGCUUUAUGAAAGAAUCUUCAAUAAUACGCUUGCAAGCACAUAUAUUUUUUAUGAGCUGAUACUAUUAUAAGUCGUUCAAAUGCAUUUACUUUUGAUUAUGUUAAAAGUUGUGCCUUCACAUUAAAUAAAAUUAUAUGGCCUGUAUAAUUUCCAAGAUGUAUUAUAUACAGUAUAUUUUUCUAAAGACGUACUUUGACCCACCCUGAUAAUUUUCUUUAUCAAAUCUGUUUGUUUCAACUUUUAAUGAUAGAUUCUGAACAGAUUUUUUGUAAAAAAUUGAGUAUAUUUUAUCUGUUUAUAGAAAUAACUAAUAAAAAAGGCAGUUCAAUGAUAAAUGUGGAUCUCACUGCAGAGAUUAGAAAUGUAUAAUUUGAAAAUAAAUAUAAGUGAGUAUUUUUGUGGUGUAUUUUUUUAGAAACUUGAGAACCUAAAUUACUUUAGACUAUGUAUGCAUUAUAUCUGAAUAUUUUUCCAGAUAUAGAGAAACGUAAUAAAUAGAACUAGUCACUAAAAGGCCACAAAAACCAAAGGGUACUGUUGUGGGGUCUGCUGUCCUCUUGGAGGCAGAGCUUAGAGUUCUAUAUUAACACUGUUUCUCUUUGGUAUUGCUGAUACUUGGAGUUUUGUUGUGUUAGUGCUGAGGUUUGAUUUUUUUUUUUUUUUAACUUAUUUUUCAAAUUGCAGACUAACACUUCAGGCCCAAGGUUCCUUCCCCCUCAUUUUGUUUCCUAAUUUCCACUCCUUUUUCCAUAGCUAUCCUCUGUUAACUUGGGUGGAGAAUGGAGCAAAGAAUUGGAGAUAAAG